GUUUCAACGAUCCGACCUCCGCUAUCCUCCGUGUGUAGCAGAGAUACAGUGAGGAAGACUUCACAAGCACGAGAGAGAGAGAGAGAGAGAGCGAGAGAGAUGACGGUGGAUAUGCAGCUGCCGCCGGGGUUCAGGUUCCACCCGACGGACGAGGAGCUGGUGAUGCACUACCUGGUCCGGCGCUGCCGCUCGCAGCCGAUCACCGUCCCCAUCGUCGCCGAGCUCGACCUCUACAAACACGACCCCUGGGACCUCCCCGCCCUGGCGCCGUACGGAGAGAAGGAGUGGUACUUCUUCUCGCCCCGGGACCGGAAGUACCCGAACGGGUCGAGGCCGAACCGGGCGGCGGGGACCGGGUACUGGAAGGCGACCGGGGCGGACAAGCCGAUCGGGAGCCCGAAGCCGGUCGGGAUCAAGAAGGCCCUGGUGUUCUACGCGGGGAAGGCCCCGAGGGGGGACAAGACCAACUGGAUCAUGCAUGAGUACCGGCUCGCCGACGUGGACAGAACCGUCCGCAAGAAGAACAGCUUGAGGCUUGAUGACUGGGUGUUGUGCCGCAUAUACAACAAAAAGGGUACGAUCGAGAAACAGCCGCCCCACGUGCAGCCGCCGCCCCCGGUUCCCCACUCUCUGGGCCCCACGGCCACCGACAGCUUCAUGGAGUACGAGGACAAGAAGCCGCCAGUCCUGUCGGCAUGCGCAGCGAUGCCGGCGCUGCCCCCGCCGCCCCUGCCACAGCACGCGGGGCCGCUGAGUGACUUGGUGCACUUUGACACGUCGGACUCGGUGCCGAGGCUGCACACGGACUCGAGCUGCUCCGAGCAUGUGGUGACGCCGGAGCUCGCGUGCGAGGUCCAGAGCGAGCCCCGGUGGAAGACCGACUGGGAGAGCAUCCUUGAUUUCGGCGGAGGCAGCUACGGGGUCUCGGCCCCUGCAGGGUUUGGUAGCGGCAGUCAGAUGUCACCACUGCAGGACAUGUUCAUGUACCUGCAGAAGCCAUUUUGAAUUCCAACCACGGGUUGUACCGAGCCAAAUUGGCAGAGGACGCGGCGGUAGCACGAGACUGCGAGUCCAUGAGUGCACCAGUGCGGGCGCGUCGGGGAGAUGAUUAAGUUUGAUCGGAGUCCGGGAGAUGAU